CAUUGAUCCAAUCAAAUUAAUGACGUGACUGCUACAAUGAAAUUGGUAUCGAUAUUUGUGUUCAUUGCACCGCUAUUUAUAGCCAGGGAUACAUCAGCCCAGAGUAUACUUAACUCAUUAACAUCUGGAGCUCUAGGUCUUAUAAACAAUGACCAACCUGAUGACCCCUGCAGCAUUGAUUAUUCAAAUUUAUUCGCAAACGCAAUUACGGAUUUUACGAAUAGAAUACUAGAGAUAGUUGUGGACUAUGAACAGCAUUUCGUGAUUUCACCGUAUUCUAUGUGGAUGGCUUUAGCGGCGGUCGCUGAAGGCGCUGACGGGACAGGUAAAGAUGAACUGUACGAAGUGCUCGGGCUGCCCAGUGAGUCGUGUGUCCGAGAGGCGUUCUACAGGACGGCAUUGUCGCUAGAAAUACCGGACCCAGGCGUGCAGUUCACAGGGAAGCGUUUGUUAAUAAUCGAUCAGCAUUCUUAUGUGAUCCCGGAUUGGGAGAGAAGUGUUCAUGAAACCGGUCUUCUGGAUUUCGACUUUGAUAAACUGCACCCGGACUCAUCAGAAGAAAGAGACCGCCCGCCUUUCUUCCGCACCCCCGAUAUUGAGGGCACCUCUUUCCUAUUAGACGAAUUGAAUUUCGUGGGAUUAUGGACAACCGGCUUUUCCCCAGCGACAACGUUCACAAAUUUCUAUGAUGAAAAUGGACAAAUUGUUGGGCCAGUGGAGUUGAUGACAAUGACCAAGCAAGUGAGGCUUGCGCAGCUGCCGUUAGUGGACGCCAAAGUGCUAGAACUGCCAGUGGGAGUGGCGGGCCGCUACACCAUGCUUAUUGCCAUGGGUGUGAACUCCAUUCCGAUCAAAGAGUUGAUGUCAUUAUUCCAAAGUUCUGUGAUCUUGAAGGUCUUGAACGAGCUGACAUUGAACUUACUACCCAUUAACAUUGCUAUUCCGAGGCUCAUAGUACAGUCGGACUUCAAAGCCAAGUCUAUGCUGCAGGCGGUUGGAGUGAAAUCGAUUUGGUACGAGCCGGAUGCGACAAGGUAUAUAACAGACCCGCCAGCGCUUCCUGAAGACCUAUCGCAAGAGAUAUCCAUUACCCUGGACACCACUGGCUUCCUUAACCCUCCCCCCUGCAGACACGCAGGGGAACUUGCUCACCGGCUUACUGCACGCAGCUACAAGCCUGACAGCCAAAACGGCGUCUUUGGUCGGACGAGAAUUCAUAGCCAACAAACCCUUUACCUAUUGCUUGCUGGACGCUAAGACCAAGACAAUCAUAUUCG